AUGAAAUCACCUAAUGUGAAGGAGUUACUAGGAAAUCCUCAAUUUCCACAAAGUGCUCUGAAGGGAUCCAGAGUGAGUGAGAUGGAAGAUUUUGCUAGGAGCUUGUGUGGUUGGAGUUGGGAGGAGAACAAAUUGUUUGAGCUAGCUUUGGCAGUGGUGGAUGAGCAACACCCUGAACGGUGGGAAGUGGUUGCAGCCAUGGUUGGAGGAGAAAAAAGUGCAGGAGAUGUUGAGGAACAUUAUGUGAUCCUUCUGGAGGAUUUACUGGUUAUAGAAUCUGGAAAACUGGAUCAUAAACUUGGAGAAGUUAUGCCUGUUGUCCUUGUUGAGUGUAAGGAAUCCAUAUGCUUGUCCCACAGUGAUACAAGCAUGUAA